AUUUAUGAAUGAAAUAUCUAUAAUAACAGCAAAGUGUGUGAAAACAAACCGAUUGUCUGAUCACUUGUGAGACCAACUGUGAGACCAUCGAUGAGAUAAUGUUUUGUCGUAGUAUUCACGCCGAUCACAAGGACCUGAUCCACGACAUAGCGUAUGACUAUUACGGUCGCCGAUUGGCCACCUGUUCAUCGGAUCAAAGCGUCAAAGUUUGGGACAUUGGAGAAGAUGGUCAAUGGGUUUGUACGGCAUCGUGGAAGACACACUCGGGAUCUGUCUGGAAGGUGACGUGGGCUCACCCAGAGUUCGGGCAAAUACUGGCCACCAGUUCUUUCGAUAGGACAGCCAUUGUUUGGGAAGAAAUGAUUGUUGACAACAAUAGCGGUGAACGCAAUCAAUCGGUUUGGUUUAAAAGACACGUUUUUGUCGACAGCAGAACUUCAGUAACCGACGUAAAGUUUGCACCAAAACACGCGGGACUACUACUGGCCACGUGUUCUUCAGAUGGUAUCGUUCGUAUAUAUGAAGCGCCGGAUGUGAUGAAUGUUAGUCAAUGGUCUGUUCAGUACGAGAUAGUCUGCAACAAGGCUUGCAGUUCAUUGACUUGGAAUCCUUCGCUAUCUCGCACAAGAUCUCCGAUGAUUGCCAUCGGCAGCGAUGAUACCAAUAACUCCGGUUCCAAAGUAUUGAUAUAUGAAUACAGUGAAAACCUGAGGACAUGGCAGCGAAUUGAUAUGAUGCCCGCAAUCAAUGAUUGUGUUCACGACAUUGCUUUCGCGCCAAAUGUUGGCCGAUCCUAUGAUUUGAUAGGUGUGGCCACCACUAAGGAUGUAAAGAUAUUAUCGAUAGCACCCAUACAACAGGAUCCAGUGACACAACAAUUGGGGCAAUUGUCGCAACAGAGUGACAAAAAUCGAUAUGAUAUUAAAAUUGUCGCCGCAUUUGAAGAUCAUGGCUCACAAGUUUGGAGAGUCUCGUGGAAUAUCACCGGAACUAUUCUGGCCUCAUCUGGUGAUGACGGAACUGUUCGCUUAUGGAAAGCAAACUAUUUAGAAAACUGGAAGAAUGUUGGCGUUCUUAAAGGUGAUGGUUAUGUUAACUUAGGUCUGACUAAUCCAAUGAAUAGCGGAUCAAAUCUUCCAUCAAAUGUCUUAAAUAUCAAACAUUUAAAAUAAAAU